CUCUUACUGUUGUUGCAAGUGUUGUUCCUGUGAUAGAUAGAUUGCCAGACAUGUUACAGUUGGAAAAGAAAAAACACAGGAAUAAUACAUCCGUGGCUAUUUUAGUAUAAUAUGUGUAAUUCAAUAAGAAACGGCUUAUAUAAGCGUUAGAUUAAGUUGAUCAGUCGUAUUGUAGUUUGCAGUCACCUUAGGUCGGCUGCCUUGGUAGCCUACGUUAGCUAACCAGCUAACUUGUUUCAGACAUUUGUUUUGUUUUGUUGAACACCACUUUGUAUUUGGCUGACACAUGAGUGUCUCACUUGUCGUUAUCCGUUUGGAGUUAGCGGAUCAGUCCCCUCUCCCACAAGGUUUCCAGUAUUGUGCUGUUGACAUGUCAGAGGAAGAUAUGAGAGAGAAGGCCCUGGGAACUGCAAGGGCUUCGCUGAGUGGGAAGACUGAUUUGGAGAGAUCAGCAGUGGUGCACCAGCACAUUGGAAGUAGGGCUAUGGGCGAUAUGGUGAUUGAGACCAUUGGGUCCAUCUCAGAUAAAGGUGGAGAUGAGUCUGGUGGUUCCAGUGAGAAUGAUCAGGUUUCCAAGGCAACUGAGGACCGGCCAUCAAGCCGGAGUGUGAAAGAGGGCACAGAAGGGGGCACUGCCCCUGAGUCGCCCUCCAAGCAGCUGCCCGACCAGAUCUCCUUCUUCAGUGGUAACCCCUCCGUGGAGAUCGUCCAUGGCAUAAUGCACCUCUACAAAACCAAUAAGAUGACCUCCCUGACCGAGGACGUGCGGAGGAGCGCCAUGCUGUGCAUUCUGACGGUGCCGGCCACCAUGACCAGCCACGACCUCAUGCGCUUCGUGGCGCCCUUCAACGACGUCAUGGAGCACAUGAAGAUCAUCCGCGACUCCACGCCCAACCAGUACAUGGUGCUGGUCAAGUUCAGAGCGCAGGCUGAUGCAGACAGUUUCUACACCGCCUGCAAUGGCCGCCAGUUCAACUCCAUUGAGGAGGCGGUGUGUCAACUCGUCUAUGUGGAGCGAGCUGAGGUCAUCAAAUCGGAGGAGGGGGCCAGUCUGCCGGUGAUGGAUCUCACGGAGCUGCCUAAGUGCACGGUCUGCCUGGAGCGGAUGGACGAGUCGGUCAACGGAGUCCUCACCACCCUGUGCAACCACAGCUUCCACAGCCAGUGCCUGCAGCGCUGGGAGGAUGCCUCGUGUCCUGUCUGCAGAUACUGCCAGACGCCGGAGCCCGUGGAGGAGAACAAGUGCUUUGAGUGCGGCGUGCAGGAGAAUUUAUGGAUCUGUCUGAUCUGCGGGCAUAUUGGGUGUGGCCGGUACGUCAGUCGCCAUGCCUACAAGCACUUUGAGGAGACGCAGCACACCUACGCCAUGCAACUGACUAACCACCGUGUCUGGGACUACGCCGGAGACAAUUACGUCCAUCGUCUCGUGGCCAGUAAGACGGACGGGAAGAUGGUGCAGUACGAAUGCGAAGGAGACACGUGCCAGGACGAGAAAAUCGAUGCUCUACAGUUAGAGUACUCCUACCUACUGACCAGCCAACUGGAGUCACAGCGCAUUUACUGGGAAAACAAGAUCGUCCAUCUGGAAAAAGACACUGCGGAGGAGAUUAAUAACAUGAAAGCCAAAUUCAAGGAGACCAUCGAGAAGUGUGACAAUCUGGAGCUCAAGCUGAGCGAAUUAACCAAAGAGAAACAGUCUAUGGAGAAGAAGUGCACCCAGUUGAACACGCGCAUCACCAAGCUGACGCAGGAGCUGCGCGAGGAGCAGGAGAUGAACCGCUGCCUGCGCGCCAACCAGACGGAGCUGCAGACGCAGCUGCAGGAGGAGGAGCGGCGGGAGCGCGAGGCCCUGCAGCGCAAGGACGCCGCCAUCGCCGAGCUCCAGGAGCAGCUGCGCGACCUCAUGUUCUACCUGGAGACGCAGCAGCAGAUCGACCGCAUGCCGGCCGACGCGCGCCAGGAGAUCCAGGAGGGACAGAUCAACAUCGCCGCCGGGCCGGGCCAGGCCACCGCCGCCGGACAGUCCUCGUCCGGCGGCGGCGGCUCCUCGGCCCUCGGGGGAGGAGGGGGCAAGCUGGGCGGCAGGAAGGGCCGCUCCAAAAGGGGGAAGUAGAGGACCGAGGAGAGGAGCAGGGGAGCUGGGCGAGUCUCCCUGAGCCAGUGAGGGGGGGGAAGCUUUAGUUCCAAUCACACAUGCCAGUGCACCCCCCUUCCUCCCUCCCUCCCUCCCUCCCUCGUUUGCCAUGACAGCACAACAACCGUCAGCCCCUUGCACAUUUUGUUAUUCGAGGCUUCCGUUAUGCUGCUCAGCCCUGUUUGUUCGCACACAUAUGCAAACACACACACACACACACUAAAGAUGAUACUACACAACAUAGGGCUGAAAGUGGUAAGGGACAGAGGGGAGGCCUCUAACACUGGACUCAUUCGUGUUGCUCUUGCCUUUAAAGCAGAGCUGUCAUCACACUCGGAAGUGUGGUGUCAGAGCUGGGAUGCACACUUGCACAAAAAACACAAAAUACACACACACACACACACACACACACACACACACAUACACUCUGAGUUAAAAAAAAACACUUGCAUAACUGGAGUGCAAUUCAGCCAUGUUUGUAAUUUUGCCAUCUCCCCUUUUUUUGUGUUCUGUGGCGUCGUUGACACAUGUUGUGUGUGUCUCUCUCUCUCUCUCUCUCUCUCUCUCUCUCUCUCUCUCUCUCUCUCUCUCUCUCUCUCUCUCUCUCUCUCUCUCUCUCUCUCUCUCUCUCUCUCUCUCUCUCUCUCUCUCUCUCUCUCUCUCGGCUCAAAUGCGGUUUCCAGUAGGCACUUGCCAAUAGCUGACUCACCAGAGGUGAGGGCAAAACCCUUUAGGUGUCGUUUAUUUCUGUGUGUGUGUGUGUGGUCCAUGUAGCCUGUAGUCGUGUUGCGCUCCGUCACCUGAGAACACGCCUGAACUGUAACAACAGGACCGAGGAACUGGAAUGCUUUUCUCAAACCUUGUCCAAGAGCUUACACUGUGCACUGCGAUUACAAAGACAUAUCUAUUGAUCGAUAGUCAAGAAAGGGUGUAACGUUGGGCCACCGCACUGUGUGAAACACACUUAUCUUAGGACAGGAUUUCCUUCUCGAUCACACUUCAGAGUGUUCUCAAGUCAGAUCGCAUGGCAAGAUAGAUCCGCAGGAAGAGAGCCGUGCCAGGCAGGUAGUGUGCUGGCCAGUGUCCAGGUUCGUUAUUGCCCCACUGCACAGGUUGUGAGGUUUGUGGACGGCUCUGUGCAGAUUCCCACAGGAGGCGUGUUAAACCAAACAAACAACAACAAAAAAAAAACCUGCCGAUAAAAACUUGUAUUUUUUGCCAGGUGCCUAUACCUUAUUAAAUUAAUUUAAGUCGA